CAUAAGUUCCUUCAGUAUGGCGUCUUGUCUACGGUCGCGAUUUUUAGGGUUAUUCCGUUAUUCCAAUCCAUGUCCACAGGCACUGCUGUCGUUGUUAUGACGACAAUCAAAGUUUGCCACUCCAGCGCGGGAAACGAGAGUUCUAAAGUUCAACGAUUUGUGGAUUGAAUAAAUAAUUCAAUAUUGAGGACACUAGGAAAACAUGGUUAGAGUGACGAAGGAGUUGAUUCAAUCGAGGGCUGAACACAAUGAAGGGAUGCUCAGCAAUUUGGAGGAACUUUCAAUGCACAUGCAGCAUUUGGAAAAGCUGGAAAUGUUUGACAAACUUUGUCGAAAUCUCAAGAUUCUGCUUUUACAAAACAACGUCAUCCCCAAAAUUGAAAAUUUAAACGCUUUAAAAAGGCUGCAACACCUAAACAUCAGCUUAAAUAUCCUGGAGCGUGUUGAGGGAUUAGAAGGUUGCGAAUCUCUGGAGAAACUUGAUUUGACGCUGAAUUUCAUCGGCGAUCUCCUCAGCAUGGAGACUCUACGAAAGAAUACCAACCUACACGAAUUAACAUUGAGAGGCAACCCGUGUAGCCGUUACAAGGGGUAUAGGCACUUCGUAAUCUACACCUUGCCUCAAUUGCGCACCUUAGAUGGAAUGCCAGUUGCCCAAACUGAAGUGAUCUUGGCGAGGCAAGAGAUGGAAAACAACCAACUCAGGGACAACAUCAAAAAGCAACAAUCUGAAUUCUUUAGGGAGUGGCAAAGUAGAGACAGGGUAAAAAGUUUGGACGAAUACCUGGCUGAAGCAGGGGAGGAGAAUGAAGAUGAGACUCUGCGAAAACUCUGGUCAGAAAAGGGGAAAGACUCACCGGAAUUAAGGAUUUUGAUGUCUGAGCUCAGCUUACGGCAGAGUAAAAAGGACGAGAAACCGAAAUCAGAGAAAAAGGAACGAGCGCUUUUCAACAGCAAAGGCAACCCUUUAAACGUCAAUGAUUCGAAUCUGAAAUUUGAACUGACCGAGGAUCUGGCCCAGAGCUGUUUGGUUUUGAAAAUUUUUCUAGCAAAAAGCUUUGACACCUCUGACAUGGACGCUGACAUCCAACCUUGGUAUAUUCGAGUGAGCAACAAACGAGGAAUCAUCUUCCAAAUCACCCUGCUGCACGAGGUUUGCCCCGACAAAGCCAAGGCGGAGCGUUCCCUUGCAACAGGAAAUCUCAUUAUCACAGCACCGUUGGCCCAAGAGCUCCUGGUCUCACAAAAGACAGAUGAUUUUGAAAGGUUUAAAAAUUUCAAGAUCAGCAAGAAAAAUGCGAUUGAAAACGUGACUGUCUACGAGUCUACAGACAUUCCACAAGAAGUGGCGAUCGACCUGUCAGAAGUGCCAGAGCUGGAGGAAAUCGAGUGAGAUGGAAAACGCAGAAUUGUCCAGUUAGCGAAUUUAUUUUGUAAGCAAAUUAUAGUAAUAAUAUUAAAUGAUCAAUCAA